AUAAUCUUGAUUUCAGGAUUAAAAAUAACCGAAAAAUCAGUCCAGAAUUAAAUCAGCUAGUUUUGUAGAGAAUUAAAUUCUCAAUCGAAUGACCUUAAGCUCAAAUUUUUACUCGAUGAAUAAAUAAUACCAGAAGCUAAAGAAAAUAGUAUGCCAUUAUUUCUAUACUACCUAAUAUGCCAGUUCAGUGUUGUUGAGCAGAAAAAGCCAUUUACGAGAAUCGAAUCAAGUUAAACUAUAGCCAUGCGCCGUACAGAUAGUAGAAAAUUAAAUUUGUAUUAUACAAAGAAAAUUAUUUCAGUUUUGAUAACUGAAGUGUUCAUUUAUUGCAUAAAAAACUAAGCGAUUUUUGGAUAUCUCCAGAGAUGCAGAAUCUACCUGUGAGAUUAGACAAUUUCCCUGACAGAAAAAGUUGUUCAAAUAAUUCCCUGACAUAAUCUAUGAACAGAAUUUCUUUUUGCAAUAUAUUUACAAAAAGAAGUUCCAAUUUUUCAAAAAAUUUUCCGAAAUCAACAAGUUUUCCCCCGACAACUGUCGGAGCAAACAGGUAGACUCUGCAACUCUGAAUAUCUCAUUCAUAAUAAUUCAGUAAUACUGAUUUUAGUAAGGCUAAUCUUUUCGAUUUCUCAAAUACGACUAAUUAUUUUUUGUUUCUAGGUGGCGAUCGUGGAGGAUUUCGUGGUGGACGCGGUGGUGCUUCACGGGGGUUUUCGAGCCAUAUAUUUUGGGAUUCUGAGAGGAUUGCAAUCGGUCACGAUGAAGACAUUCGAAAACAAUUUCCUGGUGAACCAUUUGCACAAAAAAUUGAUGCAUAUGGUUGCUGUAUUAUUCCAGGUAAUAUGCGGUUGGAGUUAGUCUUUAAAUGUUAG